ACCUUGAUUGAUAAGUACUGCUCGCUUUUCCCCUAUUUCAUUUUGCAUUACGUGGAUAUAUUUAAAUCCCCCACCCCAAAUCAUACCGCCAUGCCUCUCAGCGACCAUGCUUCCCGGUUGGAGUUUUUGAAAAGCGCCGCCAGCUCGCUCAAUGCGCUCAGCCCAUCCACCGCGGCCUAUUUGAUGACGGUGCACAAUGGCAUCAUCCACGACGAAGGAAAGCCCUUGAAUCAGCGGCAAAAGGAUGCAUUCUGCGGCGCAUGUGGUAGCGCCAGAAACCCCGAGUGGACCAGGACUAUUACUGUUCACAAGAGGAAAGGGAAACAUUCGAACUCAGCAUCCAGAUCAGCCGGCGCCGACGGGGCUACAAUUCUGAAGUGUCUCCGCUGCCGUCGACGUACUGUUAAGCCAACUCGGAAGGAGGCAGUUCGUGCUGCCAUGCCAGUGAAAGCUACUCCUAUACCAGCAUCGAUGCCUGAUGGCCAGUCUGCGGCUGGUGCUACUACUACCAUGCCCCUUUCAGAUCCUGUCCCUGCACCCGCAGUGAAUAAAGCUGCGGACAAUGCCAACAGCAAAAAGCGGGCCAAGGCACGGAAGCAGGGCGGCCUGCAAGCUCUUAUGGCAUCCAAGCAGCAAGCCCGCACUAAUUCGCUUGAUCUUUUCGAUUUCCUCCAACAGUAGAA